CUGACGACGGAAGAUACUGUUUUUGACAGUGAAAAACAAGCUUCUAAGGAGACAGUAGCUAGCGAAGAACCGGAAAUUGGUAAAGAAGGAUUAGAUGGAGCAGCGGAUGCCUACCUCUUUCGUCGCGAAGAACGAAUUCUGCAGAAAUCGCAUUCCGGAAGCUGGGCGGACACUUGUACAAGAGAGGGAGCUGUUUCAACGGAUGAAUCUGAAACGAAACCAAGUCCUUUGGUUCAACCGAAAGUGCAAAUGUUAUCAAAGAAGAUGAAAGUCGCCACCGAACCAAAACAGGGAUCGAAAAAGUCUACCAUCGCAAAACUGUGGAGUAGGGUUUACUCUCGUCGUAGAAGCCACAGAAUUCCCGGCGGUGGUGUUAUGGGCAAACUGUUCAAUCGUUCUUUUCGGCACAUGUCAGAUUUAAGUCCUAACGUAUCUAUGCAGCUUGAUGAAUUUGUCGAUUAUAGGCCUUAUUUCACAUAUUGGGUGACAACGGUGCAGAUAUUGGUUAUGAUCAUUGCAUUGGCCACGUAUGGUUUCGGACCGAUCGGAUUUAGUCGAAGGUCAAACCGAGAGUGGGUGUUGCAGCCGUCGAUGGUGCUCGAACAAGUCAGCUUCUUUGAACAAGAAAAUCUCUGGAUCGGUCCUAGUUACGCAGAUUUGGUUCAUCUGGGAGCAAAGUAUGCACCUUGUAUGCGUCGCGAUUUGAACAUUUACUCAGAGAUCGCAAAGAAGAGAACAGAAGAAAAUAACACCGCAUGUUGUAUUUUGAACGACAACACGGCUUGCUACCAGUCGCGGAAAGAUGAAUGCUCGGUAAAGACGACUAAAAUUCUACAUUGGCUUGCUCAGUGGGAAAAAUGGACAGAACAAGUCCCUGGUCCUGAAGGUCGUUUGUCUGGAAGUGUUUGCGGACAAGAUCCAAGGGACUGUAUGAAACCGGCUUCUCUUAAUCCCUACGUGUGGCCGGACGACAUCACCCGUUGGCCGAUUUGCGCGUCGUCUUCCUACUCUAGGAAUUUUCCCCACACCCGAUGCGAGAUCAGCGGGAGGCCGUGCUGCAUUGGCAUUCAGGGAGAAUGCAGGAUAACAACGCGAGAAUAUUGUGAUUUUGUUAAGGGUUACUUUCACGAAGAGGCGACGUUGUGUUCUCAGGUAUCCUGCUUGGGUGAAGUGUGUGGAAUGAUUCCUUUUUUUCGCCAUGACCGCCCGGACCAAUUUAUUCGAUUGUUUAUUCCGCUGUUCCUUCAUGCAGGGAUAAUCCACUGUGCUUUCACCGUGCUUCUGCAGUUCGUGAUCAUGCGCGACUUGGAGCGACUGAUAGGCUGGCUUCGUUUGGCCAUCAUCUACAUCAUUAGUGGCGUCACCGGCAACUUAGCAUCAGCUGUGUUUGUACCGUAUCACGCGGAGGUUGGUCCAUCGGGUAGCCAGUUCGGGCUGUUAGCCGGCUUGAUUGUGGAUGUGGUCUACUCGUGGCGAUUUAUUGCGCAUCCUUGGAAGGCUCUCAGUCAGCUACUACUGCCGUUGUUACUUCUUUUCGUAGCUGGUCUGAUGCCGUGGAUCGACAAUUAUGCCCAUUUUUUCGGCUUCUUGGCUGGAUUCUUACUGUCGUUGGCCUUAUUUCCGUUCAUCCAGUUCAAGAAGCAUGAUAGUCACCUUCGACUGGUCAUUAUUCUCGUAUCUCUUGCUGUUUUGGCCAUCGUAAUCGCUCUCCUCAUCGUCUUCUUCGUCGUCACUCCUCUGUGGUCUUGUGAAAUUUGCGUCUACUUAAACUGUAUUGAAAUAAGCCCCCACUUCUGUGACAACAAGGGCCUGGAGUUGAAUCUUGAGCAACCGCCGGUUCACAUGUGUCUCUAUGUCUACCUCUCCCCCACCCCUCUUCUACCGUUUACUGUUUCUUACCCACCGUCUUUGAUUGCCCUAACAAUGAAUCAUGCGGAGGAACAGGCGCAAGAGAUCGAAGUACUGUUGUCGAUGUAUCCAGAUGAACUGACGAUUGUCAAACCUGACUAUCCGGCUAGGUUUUCGAUAUUCGUCUCCUCGAACACCCCGGAAGAAGAUGAAAAACAGAGUCACGUGGCUAGCUGCAUCCUAGAAGUCAUUUUGAAUGAUAAAUAUCCGAAAGAACUUCCUGAAGUCUCCAUUUCCUCAGAAAAUAUGACUGAAGAGAACAUUGCCGCUAUCACCGAAAAGGUCGCCGCCGUGGCAGCCGACAGCAUUGGAGCACCAAUGAUUUUUACCCUCGUUUGUGCCGUACAGAAAUCUGACAGGCAGAAGCUGAAGCUCAACUUCUGUGAGGAGAAACCUCCUGUCGCUUUUUGGAGUAUAAGGGCGUUUCAUAACAUUUCUUCUUCUACACUUAUCAUGUUUUUAAUCUGCGAUUUCUACAUUAAGGAAGAAUUGGAUGUUUUGAGUGAACAAUCGAGGCGUAACUAUGAUCAGAUGAUGGAGCAGAAACGAAUCCAGCUUGAAGAGACAGAAACGCAACGAGUGCGAGGAACCCCUGUGACCGUGGAAUCGUUUCUAGCGUGGAAAAAUCGCUUCGUCGAGGAAAUGACAAAAUUGAGGAAGAAACAGCAGACGGCCGUGGCGAUAUCCAAUCGCCUGACUGGUCGUGAGCAGUUUCUGCGCGAUUCGACUCUUUAUACAUCUGACAUGAAGCUCAUUGCGGAAAUAGGUGAAGACGUACCGAUCGACGAGGAACUUUUCCAAGAUUUGGACGAUAUCGAACUUGGCGAUGAUUCUGCUUCCAUUAGCAAUUAG